GCACAUUCGUAACUGCACCGCUACAAUGUUUACCCUAUGCGCUACUUAUAUAAGUCGAAUACGCGGUUUUCCUAUUUCAAAUGAUUCGAUUUGCACUGCUUCUCAUUCUCCACACAGCCGUCCCAGUUGUUCGAACACAGUACAUGGGCUAUGGAGCUUUUGGAGGAUAUCCAAUGAAUCCAAUGAUGGUGAAUCCCUUUGGGAUGCCUACACCAUAUGGGCUCAAUCCAUUGUAUGAUGCUAUGAUGUACGCCGAUUGCAUAGGUUUGAGCCCAUGUCCCAUGGGGGUACCGUAUGGAGGUUAUGGCAUGUACGGCGGUAUGCCUGGAAUGACUGGUAUGACUGGUAUGACUGGUAUGACUGGUAUGACUGGCAUGACUGGUAUGACUGGUAUGAAUGGUAUGGGAGGAGGUGCAGUCAAUGGAAUGAAUGGGAUGAACAACGUACAAAGCAAUGUUGGAACCCUCAAUAACGGAAAUACGAUGCGAACUUCAAUGAAUAGACUGGCAGGCUCAAGAACUAGAUAUGGACCAGUGGGACAAGGAUGUCAGACAGCUGGUUGUAACUCCGGGAAUUGGUGGGAUUACAAAAAAUUGAAGCUCAGGUUUACGUUUAUUAGCAACACAAACGAUCUUCUGAGCAGAAAAGGAGAUGACGUGAUAACAUCAAGGCUGGUCCCGCGACGACUGAUACCGUUUUACUCGGCUCAGUAUAUCAACAAGGAUACAGCCGCAUUCGUCAAACAACUUGAAGUCAGCAAUCCUGAGUGUAGGGUGGAAGCCCAAUAUGCCCCAACUAUCGACUUCACAAAGCAUGUCAAGAAUCUUUCUGUGCGCUAUGUGUCAACUGUGCUACCCCAAGAAUGCAACCUUGAUGACUGGAUUGUUUUGCCGCUCUUUCAGCACGGCCAGGAUAUACCUAUUGAUAAUGACGGUCGCACCGCUAUCCUAUUGGCGCAUGCACCAUCCCUCGAGCGUCUUCUCGAAAUGUGGCGAGAGCGUCUUGAUGGUGAGCACUAUGAUCGCAAAGAAAAGAGGCGCCAUAAGGCUGAACGAAGAGAAAACCAUCAUAAACGAAGAUCAGAAAAGCGGCGUCUCAAAGAAAAUCAAGAGGUUGAGAACUGCUCGAAACGAAGCAAAUUAGAAGACGGCAUUGAACCAGAAAUAUGUGAAGCGGUAGAUAAGUUUCAAGAUGCUGAGGAACAUACGAGUAGUGCACCGCAGUUCAACCAAUACACCACUGCGAAAGUUGUUGAACACCGCACCAACCCUAUAUGCCAGCAGAAAGCUCAGCUGGAGAUAUCAUCAAAUUCACUUGAAGUAGAUGAACGUAUGGAUUUGGACGAAAAUGAAAUGUUAGCCAUGGAGGAGCAAAUUGCAAAUAUCCAAGACAAACCUGUGCUUAAUACCAAGAUUACGAGCAACGAGCACGAGAUUUGUCGGGAAUCAGUUCACGCGGCAUACAAUCUGGAGCGAGAGUUGAAUGGAGAGCCAAUGGAAUGUAAGAAAUUCAAAGAAAGUCUAAUACGAGUGGAAACUCCAUAUGUGGUCGAAGAACCUUUACCAGAGCUGAUAACGGAGCACCGCCCCACAAAAGCGGAACUGAAGAAGAACUCGGCGUCAAACAAGGUCAAGACUUCCUUAUUGCAGCGUAUGGCAGAGGGUCAUGAAGUAGACGUUGAUGCCACCAAUGCUGCCGCCAGCGAGAACGACUACAAGAACACGUUUUGUUACUUAUGUCGAGUCGAUUUCAAUACUUCCAAAGCAUUAUAUUUACACAAUGUAAAAUCGCAUUCGGAGGGAGAGGUGCAGUGUGAUAUUUGUUACAAGCCUCUUAAGAAUCGUAUCACACUAAUGAAACAUAAGAAACUGCAUUUGGGGGCUGAAGAUAUGCAGUGUUUGUGCACAGAAUGUGGUCGACCUUUCAAGGAUAAGCGUGCUCUUACUGCACAUGUUACUUAUACAAGACAUAUGCUUGGUGUAUCUGCCAAUCCCCCUCCUCCUCCUUCUCGCUCAUGAAAUUGUCUUUUCCAUUGCAUUCUUUCCAUAUAUCAUACAGAGUAUUUCUUUGUCGCUUCAGCUUUGUUGAGGAUUUUUUACUUGC